UGACGAUAUUUGACAUAUUACAUGUCAAAUUGAAAUCGUUAAUAAUUUGAAAAUAUUUUGUCGUUAGUAACAGUGUUAUUUAUAAAUUAAAUAAUUGUUCUACCCGAUUUCUGAAUUUUAUUGUGUAGUAUUUGAUUUUUGCUAGAAUGGCUCCCCGAGAAACGCCGAAAUCGGCACAUAAAGUACAACGUGUGAUAAGUAAAGCACCGAAAUCUAAAGCGUCACCCAUUGCAACUUUAAAGAAAACAAUGACUUCUAAAAGUUGUACAGAAAAAAUUCUUAAAGCAAAUAAUUUGACUGAGCCAAGACCAAGGACAAGCACAGUUCCUAAAGUAUCAACACCAAAACCCAAGGAAAAUAGAACAGCUCCUAUGCCAAAUACAGCGUCAAAGAGUGCUAAGAAGUCUGCAUGGAAGAAGCGGCCGAAACCAGCUCAUUCUGGCGUCCCAGUUCCCGAAAAAAUGAAAAGGUUGCUUGAAAAACAGUUACAAGACGCUGAUUGCAGUCUCUAAGAUAUAUUCGAAGUAUAUAAAAAUUACUUUAAUUAUAUUUUCUAUCAAAAUUUAUCCUUGCCAUAUUAUUUGUUUACUAUCUUGUUAUGACUAUCAAUUAUAAUCUCAGUAAUUUCUAGUUCGAUAGUUGUUUCCUGUGCUGGUAUCCGAAGUUAUGUAUGACUAAAAGACCAUUAUAUAUUUGAUUGCUACUCGAGACUAAAAGAACUAAUAAAUUGUUAUUAAUUAUAUUGAUAGAUAGAUUUAAAUAUGACUGCUCAGCCAAACAAUGCUCCUGGGAUUACAUUUAGUUUGGUUGACUUGUGAUUAUGUUUUUGUAGUCUUAUAAAUACGAUGCUUUAAAUAGGAACUCAAUAACCUUAGUAUGAGUAUGUUGUCACACUAGACAUGCAGUUUACAGAUUUUCUUUCAAAAUUUAUCUUACAUCAGUAUCAAUGUGGGUAUAUUCAUGAAGAACUGAAAAAUCUGUGACUAGUGUUUGAAUGCUUACUCAGUAUAAAGGUGAUUGUUUCUCAAUUGACUUAUGAUAAUGUCAUAUCAAAAUGUUUUGGAUUGCAAUUUGAACAUAGGUUUCAAUUUAAUAAUUUUAUUAUUAAAAUAUGAGACUGUGAUAGAAUGUAAGAUUUUUAUUAAAUAAAUAUAAUAAAAUGGUGUUAUAUAUUUUAAACAACAUGUCGCCGUCGAAAC